GGCCUGGGUACGGGUAUGUUCGUCGCCCCUGGGCACCUGCCAGCUCCGCCGCCAUGGGGAUAUGCGCCACCGUGCCCCAGCACUGCAACGGCGUGUCGGAGGCGCCCACGUCGACGGCGUCGCCGAGGAGCGACGCCCCGUCCCCAUGCCUGCUGUCCAGGCGAGUGCCGUCAUGGAUGCCGAAGAAGGACGUGAAGGAGGGCGGCAUCGGCAGGUCCCAGUUUAUCCUGGACAGACCCGGGAGGAUUCAGGACACCUACUCCAUGGACAAGAAGAAGCUCGGGGAGGGCACGUACGGCUCGGUCUGCCGCAGCACGCACAAGGCCACCAGGGUAGUGCGCGCCAUCAAGACCAUCCCGAAGGGCAAGAUGCGGAACGUGGAGAGGUUCAAGAAGGAGAUCGCGAUUAUGAAGAUGAUGGACCACCCUAACAUAAUCCAAGAAGUCAGCGAUCACCGAAACAUCUACCUCGCAAUGGAGCUGUGCACGGGUGGCGAGCUCUUCGAGCGGAUCAUAAAAGAGGGCCACUUCGGAGAGGGCGACGCGGCGACGGUGAUGCAGCAGGCUCUGCGCGCCGUGCGGUACAUGCACGAGCACAAGAUUGCCCACCGCGAUUUGAAGCCAGAGAACUUUCUUUUUCAGGGUGAGGCCCCUAUCCGCGACAACGUCUUGAAGCUUAUCGAUUUUGGGCUCGCGUGCAACUUCAAGGACGGCAGGCCGAUGACAACGCGCGCGGGGACUCCGUACUACGUGGCGCCGCAGGUGCUGUCGGGGAAGUACUGCCAUCAAUGCGACAUCUGGAGCUGCGGGGCCAGCCUCUCAGAAGACCUCGCGCCUUCGAUCUGGGCUCGCUCAUGGAUCCCCGACCCGUAUCCAUCGCUCCCUGCGGAGCCGACCGCCCUGGCGGUCGGCACCUGCAAGACGAAGCGGCUCAAAGAACCAAACCCUGCUGUGCUUCACAAACCCGCUGGCGCGCGGCGCCUGGUCGAAGCCAUCUUACCUCUGCACCUCCACGGGGCAGGCGUGCGCAACCACAGCCGCCUCGACGCCCACCAGGGCGCUGUGCUUGGCUUCCGCCUCGGCCGUCCUGGCGUGCGCCGCCUGGUUGGCCUUCACCGUGGCCUCCCAACUCCGCCUCGCCACGACGCGCAGCUCCUCGACCUUCGCCUCUUCGCUCGGCGCCUCGGCGUGGCCCCCAUGAGCUGCGCCUUCAGCACCUCCGCGGUCUCCUCGGUGUACGCCUCCUCGACGCUGCCCUCGGUGUGCGGCACCGUCGGCAGCUCCGCCGUAUCGGAUUUUCUCUCGUCGCACGGCGCCUCGGCGCCUGCCCUUCACGAGCUGCUCCUUCAGCAACAGAGCGGUCUCCUCGAUGUGCUUCCCCUCGGCGCCGCCCUUGGCGGGCGGGGCCGUCGCCAGCUCCGCCGGCUUGGGUUACACGGGGACGGCAGGGAGCACGAACGGGUCGCCCUCGCGCUCCUGCUGCUCGGCCUCCGCGUCGCGGACACCGCGACCCUCUCUGGCGCGACCUCCGACCUCCUCCAGGUCGUCCUGCGGCUCGGCGGUGAGCUCCGCGUCCACGUGGCCCGAGCCCUCGGCGUGAAGCUGGUCCCCGAUGAAGUGCUCCGAGCCCGCCGUGCAGGCACGUCCACGCUGGCAUUGCUGGCACUCGUCAGGCGCUAUGUGCAGAACGAGUUGACGCUGCCGACCCUGAUCCACGGAGAGGAGGAGGACAGCCCCCAAGCGAGGCAGCUCCUCCUGGAGGUGCGGCUGCUGCUCCGGGACUACUGGCCCCAUCCGGUGCUAGAGUUCAGCGGGUACGCCUCCAGUGCCUGGAUGGGGCUCUGGGUGGCGCUGCUCGCGCACCGCCAGCACCCGGGGCGGCUGGAACAGUUGACCCUCAGGGACGGCGGCACGGUCUCCCUGUGCUGGGCAGACCCGCCCGAGGAGGCGCACCACAAGCGGACCGCGGUGCUCUUCCCGGGCCUGUGCAACGACAGCCGGACCCACUUCAUGGGGGCGGCCAUGCGGCACCUGCGCGCCGAGGGGUUCCAGGCGGUGACCUUCAACUACCGAGGGACAGGGGGCGCGCCGCUGACUUCGCCGCGUAUCGGCUCUUUCGACUCGUGGGUUGACGUUCCCGAGGUGUUGGCCCACAUCGAGGCUCAGUGCCCAAGGCACGAUCUCUUCGCGGUCGGCUUCUCUAUGGGGUCAGCCAUACUUCUUCGGCAUUUGGGGGAGACGGGCACAUCCUGCCGCUUCCGCGCAGCUGUGGCGAUUUCGGCCGCGACGGACCUUCCACGAGUAAGCGCCUCACUGAAGUGGCCGCCGAGGAAGCUUUUCUUAAACGCUAUGAUGACGACUGGGCUGAAGCUUAUGACAGUUGUGAAUGGGGUUCACCACAGCCCACACUUCCGCCCCUUCGCAAGAAGCUUUUUCUUGGCCACCACGUUGGAAGGCAUCGACGACUGUCUGACUGCCCCGAUGAACGGUUACGUAAACGGCAAGGAGUUUGCAGCCCUCAACAGCCCACACCUAACCUUGCACAAGGUCGCAGUACCGACCCUCAUCCUGAACGCGCGGGACGACCCUGUCACCAGUGUCAGCUGCCUGUCCCUCACCGAGAUGAGGCGAAACCCGCACUUCUACGUCGUGCUCACCCGCCGCGGCGGCCACAUCGGCUGGGGGACGGGGGGGCACGGCGGCUCCGUGAGCUGGACGGACAGGAUGGCGGCGCAUUUCCUCAAGAGCUGCGAGUCUGGCAGGACCAUGGUGGACAUUGCCGCGGAGGACGACCCGCAUGAUCCGAGCACCGCCUCGCGGGGGGCCCCGGGCACCGCGCCGUCUUCUGCGGCCCCGCGGUCCAAGUUAUGACCCUCGGCGGAGCGGCGAAGUGAGGAAAGGGGGGGUCGGCGCCACAUGGCAGCUGCCAAACCCAGAUCAGCCAGAGGCGAGCAGAGCCGAUUGGACUGACCCCCGUUAGAGUUUACCCCAAGUACGGCGACCUCGACUAUGUGAGCCAGGCCAUCCCCUCAGGCAUCUGUGUCGUGACACUAUAGCAGGGGCUCAGCAUCCCCACACAGCAUUGACAGAGCUGAGCUGGGGUGGCCACCAGAAAAUGAUUCGCGCGUCCUCUGAGACAUCAUCGUCCUGCCCUUGAUCAGCCUGCCCCCUCGUCGGGUACGGUUUCGUGGUCGUCGUUGGCCUUGUCCUCUUCUUGCUCCGCCUCGUC